GCUCUGAGUAGCACUAUUCUCUUCCACACAGCCUUAGCAAUUGCAAAGGGAGAUGGCUCUCUCACUACUUAUCAGCUUCGCCACUGCUGUGGGCGCCUCUGAAGGCAUUAAGGCUUCCAUGGCCAGAUCGCGUCGAGAAGAGCAUCGAAGUCGAAAGAACAACCUUAUAUUGCACUGUCCCAAGUCGUCACAGUUCAGCCCUUACCUCGAAGGACGUCAAGUCGUCCUUUCUGGCGAUAGACUAUUUGUGGACACCGGCACAGCUCAUGAUGUUCCUUUUGGUCACCCGUUCGAGGGCUAUUAUCUUCCUUACCCGGACUCACGCUUCUCGGGGCUAGUGAGCACUAUUACCCAUGAGGCACCUAUCAUGAAUUGGAUAUUCGUCGAUCCCGUCACAUAUCAAGUCCGCUUUGGCAACCGUGCCAUUGCCGAUGGUAAUGUGACUGGGCCGUGGGAAUGU